UUUAUUCUUUUAAAUAUAUUUUCAAGGACUCAGGUUGCUGCGGAUAGAUCAGCACAAUGGACGCCAUCAAGAAGAAGAUGCAGGCAAUGAAGGUGGAGAAGGACAAUGCUAUGGACAGGUCUGAUGCCUGUGAGCAGGCAGCAAAGGACGCCAAGAUCCGUGCAGAAAAGGCUGAGGAGGAGGUUGCUGAGCUUGUUAAGAAGUCCCAGCAGUUAGAGGUGGAUCUUGACAAGACCACUGAGCAGCUUCUAACCACCACACAGCAGCUAGAGGAGAAGGAGAAAGCCCUUCUUGCUGCAGAGCUUGAAGUAAACGCCUUGAACAGAAGAGUUCAGGGACUUGAGGAAGACCUGGAGAAAUGUGAAGAUAAACUACUUAUUGCAUCUCAGAAACUGGACAAAGCAUCAACAGCUGCUGAUGAUUCCGAGCGUAUGAGGAAGGUUCUGGAGAACAGAGCGAUCCAAGAUGAGGAGAGGAUGACCAAGUUGGAAGAAGAGCUGAAGGAGGCCAGAAACCAGGCCGAGGAUGCGGAUAAAAAGUACGACGAGGUUGCAAAGAAGCUGGCACAGGUAGAGGGUGAGCUUGAGAGGGCAGAGGAGAGAGCAGAGACCGGAGAGACCAAGAUCAUGGAGCUGGAGGAGGAGUUGAGAGUUGUUGGUAACAACUUGAAGUCCCUGGAGGUCUCAGAAGAGAAGGCCAACCAGAGAGAAGAGGCCUACAAGGAACAGAUCAAAACUUUGACCGCUAAGCUGAAGCAGGCUGAGGCCAGAGCAGAGUUUGCUGAGAGAUCUGUACAGAAACUGCAGAAAGAGGUUGACAGACUAGAAGAUGAGCUGUAUCAAGAACAGGAGAAGCUAAAGGCUAUUGCUGACGAGCUUGAACAGACCUUCGCCGAAAUGUCUGGUUACUAAUCUGCUGGCGUUCAUGUCUCUGCAUGUUCUCUGUUUUGUACAAAUAGAAAGGAUCUUAGCUUCCCUGAUAUCUUUAAAAAUGUUGGGAAGACGACUUUCUAAUUAGCUUCAUCUACCUGUGUUAUUUGUAAAUAUGACAAAGCCACUAGAAUCAAUGUGAUUAUAAUGUAUUUCUGUCUAUCGAUAUAACGAAAAAUAGUUGCCAUCUAUCUAUCUAUCUACUCCUUACACGAUGCAUUAUUCAAUAUAUGUGAUAAAUAAUAUAGCUCAUCUGUAUUCUGUACAGUCGACUCGGAGAAAUAAACAUUGCUCAAUAAUA